AACCACAGAGUGAAGAAGCUGCGCUUUCCUUGCGGCCUCUGUCUCUCUGUCUGUCUGUCUCUCUCUCUAAGGUUUGUUUUCUCUCUCUUAAACUCCUUCUUUGUCACAUCUUCACGAUGUUAUGGUCGUUUUACGUUGCACCUUAAUCGUAAUUUGAAAAAAAAAAACUGAUUCAGCUUGUUUUUACCAGAGAAUUCUGAUAGUGUCUUUGCAAGUGUGUUUUAGCUUUUUCAUGAUAUUAAUAUUAGUUUAGUUGUUUUUGUGAUACUCGUGUAUUCGAAUCGGUUGUUAUUUAGUUUGUGUUUGAUUGAAUAGUUGGAAAUUGGGGACCUAGAAAAAGUGGAUGGAAUGUGUAACGUGAUAUUCAUUCCAAGUGUAACCAGGUGGAGUAAUAGAGUAAACUACUACCUCUUAGGUUAGAGAGCUGUCAUUCUUUGUAAAGUGCGCGUAUUGGGUCUAGAUGUAGCAGCUCUCCUGUAUUUUGUUACACUGGAUUUUGUUAUAUGGGUAUAUGAAAUUUGGUUUUUCUUUUGGUCAAAUUGAAGCACCUUUCUUGGAUUUUGAAAAGUUUAGCCGGCUUGAAACAAACACAUUGAAAGGCUUUAGCAAACGAAUUUUCUGAUUUGGUUGACUUUACUUGUUAGGAUACCAAGUACAAACUUGAUUAACCUUGAAUCCCAAAUAUUCGUUUGUUAGAAUUAGUACUAUUUAACCUAUUGACAUUAUUGCUAAUUUUUAGUGUAUUAUGUAGUCAAGCAGAUUAUCGUCGUACUCUUCUCCUUUCUGUAUUUGGGCUAAUAUUUUUAUAUAUAUUUUUUAUUCUUUUGCAGUCACAUAUUGAAGCUAGUUUUUGGUGCAAGGGAAAGUCAAGAUGGUCAAGUUUACAGCUGACGAGCUUCGUCGCAUCAUGGACUUCAAGCACAACAUUCGUAAUAUGUCUGUUAUUGCGCAUGUUGACCAUGGAAAAUCUACUCUUACCGAUUCUUUAGUGGCUGCUGCUGGUAUUAUUGCACAAGAAGUUGCAGGAGAUGUACGGAUGACUGAUACCCGACAGGAUGAAGCUGAGCGUGGUAUCACAAUCAAGUCCACUGGUAUAUCUCUAUACUAUGAAAUGUCUGAAGAUGCUCUCAAGAACUUCAAGGGAGAACGCAAUGGGAAUGAAUACCUCAUCAACCUCAUUGACUCCCCUGGGCAUGUGGACUUCUCUUCUGAGGUUACAGCUGCCCUCCGUAUUACUGAUGGGGCACUUGUGGUGGUGGAUUGUGUCGAAGGUGUCUGUGUCCAAACUGAAACAGUUCUCCGUCAGGCUCUUGGUGAAAGGAUCAGGCCUGUUUUAACUGUUAACAAGAUGGAUAGGUGUUUCCUUGAGCUUCAGGUGGAUGGAGAAGAGGCUUACCAGACAUUUCAAAGGGUUAUUGAGAAUGCUAAUGUGAUUAUGGCUACAUAUGAAGAUCCCCUUCUUGGUGAUGUUCAGGUCUACCCAGAGAAAGGAACUGUUGCCUUUUCUGCUGGUUUGCAUGGCUGGGCUUUCACUCUGACCAACUUUGCUAAAAUGUAUGCCUCAAAGUUUGGAGUUGAUGAGUCAAAGAUGAUGGAAAGGCUCUGGGGUGAGAAUUUCUUUGAUCCAGCCACCAAGAAAUGGACCAACAAGAAUACUGGUUCUCCUACAUGCAAGCGUGGUUUUGUUCAGUUUUGUUAUGAGCCUAUCAAGCAGAUAAUUGCAACUUGUAUGAAUGAUCAGAAGGAUAAGCUGUGGCCUAUGUUGCAAAAACUUGGAGUCACCAUGAAAUCUGAAGAGAAAGACCUGAUGGGUAAAGCUCUAAUGAAACGUGUUAUGCAAACCUGGCUCCCAGCAAGUAAUGCACUCCUAGAGAUGAUGAUAUUCCAUCUUCCCUCCCCAUCGAAGGCCCAAAAGUAUCGUGUAGAGAACUUGUAUGAGGGUCCCCUUGAUGAUCAAUAUGCAAAUGCUAUUAGGAAUUGUGAUCCUGAUGGACCUUUAAUGCUUUAUGUCUCAAAGAUGAUUCCUGCAUCUGACAAGGGUAGAUUCUUUGCUUUUGGCCGUGUUUUCUCAGGUAAGGUCUCGACUGGUUUGAAAGUAAGAAUUAUGGGUCCUAAUUAUGUCCCUGGAGAGAAGAAAGACUUGUAUGUGAAGAGUGUGCAAAGAACCGUCAUUUGGAUGGGAAAGAGGCAGGAAACUGUUGAGGACGUGCCUUGUGGUAACACUGUUGCUAUGGUUGGAUUGGACCAAUUUAUCACCAAGAAUGCAACAUUAACAAAUGAGAAGGAAGUUGAUGCACACCCAAUUCGUGCUAUGAAGUUUUCUGUCUCACCUGUUGUUCGUGUUGCCGUCCAGUGCAAGGUUGCAUCAGACCUUCCUAAGCUAGUUGAAGGUCUUAAACGUUUGGCCAAAUCUGAUCCUAUGGUUGUAUGUACUAUAGAAGAGUCUGGAGAGCAUAUUGUUGCUGGUGCUGGAGAACUCCACCUUGAGAUCUGUUUGAAGGACUUGCAGGAAGACUUCAUGGGUGGAGCUGAGAUUAUUAAGUCAGACCCUGUUGUAUCCUUCCGGGAGACAGUCUUGGAGAGAUCUUGCCGCACUGUGAUGAGCAAGUCACCCAACAAGCACAACCGUCUUUACAUGGAAGCCAGGCCCAUGGAGGAGGGACUUGCAGAGGCUAUCGAUGAUGGGCGUAUUGGUCCAAGGGAUGACCCCAAAAUUCGUGCUAAAAUUUUGUCUGAAGAAUUUGGUUGGGAUAAGGAUCUUGCAAAGAAAAUCUGGUGUUUUGGACCUGAGACCAUGGGACCUAAUAUGGUGGUUGAUAUGUGUAAAGGUGUCCAAUACUUGAAUGAAAUUAAAGACUCUGUGGUUGCUGGGUUCCAAUGGGCAUCAAAAGAAGGUGCAUUGGCUGAAGAAAACAUGAGGGCCAUCUGCUUUGAAGUCUGUGAUGUUGUUCUCCAUGCUGAUGCUAUCCACAGAGGUGGUGGCCAGAUCAUUCCUACCGCUAGGAGAGUCUUCUAUGCCUCCCAGUUGACUGCAAAGCCUAGACUUCUUGAGCCCGUUUACCUGGUCGAAAUUCAGGCACCUGAGCAGGCUCUUGGUGGCAUCUACAGUGUUCUUAACCAGAAACGUGGGCACGUCUUCGAGGAAAUGCAGAGGCCUGGUACCCCAUUAUACAACAUCAAGGCCUACCUCCCUGUCAUUGAGUCCUUCGGGUUCUCGAGCACAUUGAGGGCUGCAACAUCGGGGCAAGCUUUUCCACAGUGUGUUUUUGAUCACUGGGAUAUGAUGUCCUCAGAUCCAUUGGAGGCUGGAUCACAAGCUGCACAGCUUGUUGCUGACAUUCGCAAGAGGAAAGGAUUGAAGGAGCAGAUGACACCACUUUCAGAAUACGAGGACAAGCUUUAAAUAUUUUGACUUCCCGUUAUGAAUCUAGCUGAUAAUUUAUGUAGAACCUUGGUACCGAUGCUGUGUUUUUUAAAAUUCAGAUAAUUGUGAGUUUUGUUCUGUUCUAUUAUCAUUUAAAUGUUUCUUUAAAAAAGCUUUUACUUCUCUGUUUAAUUGGAAGUUAUCCCCUUAUGGGCUUGGUACUGUAGAUAGUGACUCUGUUGCAUUGACGUUGAUUUAACUAUUUAUGGGAACUUUCAGUUAAAAUUUAAUUGUGUUUACUAUUACUUACCUGGAAAUUAAAAUUUCAAUGC